UACUAAUGCCACUCAAAAAGUACACCUGUGCAAAAAAGUGCAACUGAUAUGACCGCAUAAAAUAGUUUUACCAAUAGAAUCAUCAGUGAAAAUGUUGACUGGCGGCGUCUUUUUACAAAUUUUCGUCGGUUAUUUAGCAUGUGGAAAUGCAAUGAAAAUUUUAGGCAUUUACACGUUUCCAUGGGGCAGUCACAUGAUUCUGGGUACCAAAUUGAUGAGAGGACUAUCAUUGGCUGGACAUGACGUCACAUUGAUUACCGCCACUGCUACCAAGGAUAUGCCCAAAGAAGGGCAGUGGAAAGAGGUUGUUAUUGAUGGAAUGGAUCGACAUGUUAAAGAAUUGACAAUACAUUUGACUAAAACAAUUACUAAUACAAAUAAAUCUAGACUGAGCGCCUUCGCGGAUAUCAAAAUAUUCAGCCAAUGGGUAGUAAAAAUUUGCAAUGCAUCUUUAUCCCAUCCAAAAAUAAAAGAGAUGAUCCGAUCGAGGGAAAAGUUCGAUGCAAUCAUCCUGGACCAAUUCUUAAAUGACUGCCAACACGUUUUUCCGUACCUGUUCGAAGGCCAUUUAAUAGUGGCCAGCACCCUAGGUGCCAACCUUAUUGUGAAUGGUAAAGUUGGCAACCCUCACCCUAUAGCAACAGCACCGAUGGGUAUAGAUUCAGCUGCAUCCGAAGCUGACCGAUCUUCCCUCUAUGCCAGGUUUAAAAGUGUUUUAAUAUAUUCUAUCAGGCAAGCAAUAACGUUUUUAUUCAUUUUACCACGACAUGAUCAAGCAGUCCACGACAACUAUCCAGAUACACCCAGUAUAUUCGAAAUGUACUAUAACGUCUCCUUGGUGCUUUUGAAUUCCCAUCCCAGCUUUGUAGAGGCUGUACCAUUAGUUCCCAACAUGGUUGAAGUGGGUGGUUUCCACAUAGAUCCACCAAAACAACUGCCAGAAGAUUUACUAACUAUUAUGGAUAAAGCGAAAGAUGGUGUUAUCUAUUUCAGUUUAGGAUCUGAAUUGAAAAGCGAGAGUUUGCCCAAAGCGAAGAUAGAAAUGUUGUUGAAUGUUUUUAAAAGUUUGAAGCAAACUGUUUUGUGGAAGUUUGAAGCAGAAUUGGAAGACAAACCUGAUAAUGUGAUGAUUAGGAAGUGGAUGCCACAAAAUGAUGUUUUGGCCCACCCUAACUUAAAACUUUUUAUAACCCAUGGAGGAUUAUUAAGCCUUACAGAAAGCAUUUACCAUGGGGUGCCAGUCUUGGCUAUUCCAUUUGUUGGUGAUCAGGUCAUGAAUGCCGACCAUAUAGUCCAGACUGGGAUAGGAUUAAAAGUCGACUUCCAGGAUGAGAAUGUUAGUGAGGAAAUGCUAAAAAAACUUAUUAGGGAAGUGUUGGAUAACCCUAAAUAUAAAGAGAACGUGCAAAAGUUUUCCAAGAUUUACCACGACAGACCCAUGAGCCCAAUGGCCACGGCGGUUUACUGGAUCGAGUACGUAAUAAGACACAAUGGGGCUCAUCAUCUACGAGUGGCUGGAGUUGGGAUGCCUUUGUAUCAGUAUUUAUUAUUGGAUGUAUUGUUGAUUGUGCUUGUGGUGUUAUUAGGGGUGUUUUUCGCGUUUAAGUGGGUUUUUAGACAGAUUUUUAGGAAUAAAACAAGUAAAAAGGUUAAAAAAGCUUAAUGCACUGAAAAAAGAACCUGGUAAAAUUCAAGUUGAUGGUGUAUUUGACCCAUAUUUAUUUGGAAGAAGGUGGUAAAUGUUUAAAUUGGUGUAAUUUUACUAAGGUUAAUCAAUUUUUCAUAAUUGACUUAAUUGUAUGACCAAUAUUUUAUUACGCCAAGAUUUAAAAUUAUUAAAGCAACUUCUUGAAAUUUUUAUAUUUACAUAUAAAUUUGAUAAAUAAAUAUGCAGUUUGCCCCCAAGUUAAUAUUUGCUUCCGUAUAACAAAUUGUAUUGUAUUUUUGUAAAUAUUUAUUUACUUGCUUUAAUAGAGAUAAAAUUAUCACAAACGAUGUUUAUUAAUUGCCAUUAUUCAUUGAACGAAAUAGAAGAAUUUUUAAAGUUACAUUGCCUAACCCCUUUGAGU